UUCUGUUUCCUCCUCAAGCCUUUCCCAGUGGAGCCCAGAACUGCCUGGGGCCUUGUGAGAGGUGGUGGAGACAUGGCUUUCUGCAGCACCCAGGGUCCCUACCUGAGCCCGGUCGUCCCCUUCUCCACAUUAAUCCAAGGCGGUCUCCAGGAGGGACUUCAGAUCACCAUCCAGGGCACCGUCCUUCACUCUGGUACAAGCAGGUUUGUGGUGAACCUGCAGACUGGCUUCAGUGAAAAUGACAUCGCCUUCCACUUCAACCCCCGCUUUGAAGAUGGAGGGUAUGUGGUUUGUAACACAAAGCAGAAAGGAUGCUGGGGGCCUGAGGAGAGGAAGAUGCAAAUGCCCUUCCAGAAGGGGGUGCCCUUCGAGCUCUGCUUCCUGGUGCAGAGAUCUGAUUUCAAGGUGACAGUGAACAAGAACUUCUUUCUCCACUACAUGCACCGCGUCCCCUUCCACCUUGUGGACACUCUCUCCGUCACUGGCUCCUUGAUGCUUUCCUACAUCAACUUCCAGAACUUUUCUGCAACCCCCGUCCAGCCUUUCUUCUCCAUGACGCACUUCUCCCAGCCUGUCCGUUUCCCACGGAAGCCCAAGGGGCACAAACCAAAACCUCCAGGCAUGUGGCCUGCCCAGCAGGCUCCCAUUGCUCAAACGGUCAUCCAUACGGUGCACAGCACUCCGGGGCAGAUGUUCCCAAAUCCUGGAAUUCCACCCAUGGUGUACCCCAGCCCAGCCUAUCCAAUGCCGUUCUUCACCACCAUCCCGGGGGGGCUGUACCCAUCCAAGUCCAUCAUUGUGUCAGGCACUGUCCCACCCAAUGCUAAAAGGUUCCACAUUAACCUGCGCGCUGGGAGUGACAUCGCCUUCCACCUGAAUCCCCGUUUCGAUGAGAAUGUUGUGGUCCGCAAUACGCAGGUCAGGGGCUCCUGGGGCUCUGAGGAGCGAAGCCUGCCCCGGAAAAUGCCCUUCAGCCGUGGCCAGAGCUUCUUGGUGUGGAUCAUGUGUGAAGGCCACUGCCUCAAAGUAGCCAUGGAUGGACAACACCUGUUUGAGUAUGCACACCGCUUGAAGAACCUGCCGGCCAUUAACAGCCUGGAAGUGGCGGGUGACGUCCAGCUUACCCAUGUGCAGACAUAGAUGGUCCCUGACCCUGGGUGGAGGGGUGGGGCAUGUUGUCUGGGUCUCCGGGUCACGUCCCUCCUGCUCUGGCACCAAGGGCAGCGGCACUGCCAGGUGUGGAACAGGAGAGCUUCUUCCCUCUUCACUCCCCUCCACACAGGGGAGGCCCCAGCCUCCAAGCUCCAAGCCUCCUGAGCUUCCAUUCAACUCCACUUCGGGGCUGGAGGCAUGGUUCACAGGUAGAGUGCUUGUCUAGCAAGUGUCCGGCUCUGAGUUCAAACCCUGAAACUGUCUAAAAAAGAACAACUCUAACUCAUGCCCCAAACCAUCAGCUAUCAUGGGUGGGUUGGCCUCUGGGACCCUCCCCUUUCUCUGCUUUAGCCCUUCUCCCUAGCCUUGUACCCUGCUCCCACCCUUCACCCCCUCCAAGAAGCCUACCCACGGCUGACCAGAGCUUCCUCCAGCGUCCUUAUGAUAGAGAAAUAAAUGUGCUGGUUACGCU